AUGGCCGAGAUGAAGAUUUUUCUAACUAUUACCGGAUAUCUGACCAGAACACUGACCAUGCAGCAAUCAAUGGGAGACCGUUUCACUAGAGCCCGAAAGGACCUGCAACCCCUCUUCACAUCGCAGACUUGCAUUUUUCCUGUGGGACUCUUUGCACUGAUAGUCUCUGAGCAAAGUCAAAUCAUCUGGUCUCAUGUCCCGCGACCUUCCCCACACGCUGGUCCUGUCGUCAAAGUGUCUGCAUUGACAACUACCAGCACGCUCACAUUCACCGAUGGCUCGCUAGGACAAAGAAUAGAACACUAUAGGUAA